CAGUGCGGGUUCGGGGGCAGAGCCCAGUGCGGAGUUUGCGCCGCGGCAGCGCGGGGCGCAGUAUGGGGCAGUGUCAGUGACCGCGCGGAGAGCGCCGCUGCGGCCAACCCGCCUCCGCCAGGCCAGCGUCCCUCCUCCCGCGGCUGCAAAGUUCACUCUCCCCGCGGGUCCCAGGGCGACUGCCGCUCCCUCCCCCCGCCAGGAGCCGGCGGCUCGUUUCCUCUUUCGCUCCUCGCUCGCCUCUCUCUGAUCGCAGUCGCCGAGCAGCAGCAGCAGCCCCAGCAGCGAGCGCUUCGCUUCGCGCGGGUCCGGCGAGGGAGCUUCCCACCCCGGCAGCCGGAGCGCGGCGAGACCAGCCCAGCCUCAGGACCUGCUGUUAGAUCCUAACCUAGAACAGAAUGGGGAAGCAGAACAGUAAGCUGCGACCUGAGGUACUCCAGGAUCUCCGGGAGAAUACAGAAUUCACAGACCAUGAGCUUCAGGAGUGGUACAAAGGCUUCCUAAAAGAUUGCCCCACAGGUCAUUUGACUGUUGAGGAAUUCAAAAAGAUAUAUGCCAAUUUUUUCCCCUAUGGUGAUGCAUCGAAGUUUGCAGAGCAUGUGUUCCGCACUUUUGAUACCAACGGCGAUGGGACAAUUGACUUUAGGGAAUUUAUCAUUGCGCUGAGCGUCACUUCUCGGGGAAAGCUCGAGCAGAAGCUGAAAUGGGCAUUUAGCAUGUAUGAUCUUGAUGGCAAUGGAUAUAUCAGUCGUGGCGAAAUGCUUGAAAUUGUGCAGGCAAUCUACAAAAUGGUGUCAUCUGUAAUGAAAAUGCCAGAAGAUGAGUCCACUCCAGAGAAACGAACAGACAAAAUCUUCAGACAGAUGGACACAAACAAUGAUGGUAAACUGUCCCUGGAAGAGUUUAUUAAAGGUGCCAAGAGUGAUCCCUCUAUUGUGCGAUUGUUACAGUGUGAUCCAAGCAGUGCAAGUCAGUUCUAAUUAAACUCUGGACAGUUUGCAAAGAAACUGCUGGCUUGUUGUUCAAGCUUUGCUCGCAAAUGGAUGCCUUCUCAAUCAUUCCUCAACUUGCUAGUGGAUAAGAUUCCAUUGCCAGAUUGUGUGUGUGUGUGUGUGUGUGUGUGU